AUGGACGUUAAUCACGGCGGCCUCGGUAAGACACCGAGGAAGCAGGCGCAGAGGAAGUGUUCCACGUUGAGUCGAGAGAUGGUGGCGCCUGCCUGCGGCGGCGGCGGCGGCGGCAGCGUGAGCGUCUCUGGGGACCUGCGCGGUGCAGGCGAGGAGGCGAGAGGGACGACUCGGUGGCAGGAGGAGGGACGCGUGAACGGAGGCGUUUAUCCAGAGGCGCGUGGAGACGCGGAUGACACGGAUGAGAUCGUUGGUGGUGAUCGUGGUGAUGGCGAUGACGGUGGGACAGGGCACGGCGCAGAUUCUGCAUCGGAGGAGAUGACGUCGGCGAGAGGAGACGUCGAAUCCGACGACGGCGACGAUGACUUCGGCGAGUUCGAGGCAGCGCCGUCCCAGACAGCUCUGGGUUGGCACGAGGCCCGGGGGCUCCCGCCCGGCAAGGCCCGGGGGGGGUCCCCACACUCUCGCGGCGUCACGGAGUGGCCCCCGGGGCCCGUUGGAGGCCCGGCGCGGGAGUUGGCGCAGAGCUGUGGAAGCGACGCCGCGUCGCGCGGAGCUGUCACGGCGUUCGUCGUAAGUGUGGCCUGUGGAUCUGUAUGUAAUUCUGUGCACGUUUCUCUGCGGCGCGGUCUUGCGUUGAACCCGCAGUCGGGCUCCCGCGACGACGGCGACGCCGCCGCCGCCGCCGCCGCCGCGCUGCGUCGAGCCCUCGAGGAGUGCUUCUCGCCGGAGCCGGCGUCGACGGGGAGAUGCGCGGAGCACGGCGACGCGGACAGCCGUCCCGCCGCGGACGAGACGGUGGCUCCGCUCACGUGGCACCUCCUCGGGGAGACGCCCGCCGGAGACAGAGUCGGCGACAACGGGCCCCUGCCGAGAAGCGUGUGGCCCAAGCUGCGGACUGUGGAGGACGGGGAGACCCGGAGGCUGCCCUGGGCCGCGUCUCACGCCUGCCGCCUGCUGCGCCGCGCCCUCGCAGCCGCGCGUGCACACACGCCCCUGUCGGCGGACGAGGAGGAGAGAAUUCCCGACUGCUCGGAGGAGGGAGAGGAGACGGCGGCACGUCCGACGAAGCCCUGGGACUUGGCGGUGAAGAAGGAGACGAUGCAAGAGCCGGUGAUUCACACGAGGGUCACGGCCGGGCGCUACCGCCCUCGUGCCGCUGACGGGGUCGUCACCCUGGCACGCGCCCCCGUCCGCACCGUCUUCGGGUUCGUGCGGCCCGGACCGAGCUGAUCCGAGCGGAGCGGCGGCGGCGGCGCCGUGGGGCUCAGCCAACCGCCGGGACGCUCCUGGCGCUAGCGGCUCAUCCGGACCCUGCACCCAGAGACGAAGCCCAGGCACAGCGGGACACCCGCGCACGGUCUUAACGCAAACCCACCGAAUAUAACCCUGAACCCUGACCUUGAUUACGCACAGUUGUGCACAGUGGCGCACACACACGCGCGCGCACACGGUCUCAACCCGAACCCCUGAUUCUCACACCGGACCCUAAUUCAUUGCAGUAAAACUCCAGGGGCAGGGGCGCACACAGAUCCACUGGCCGAGCCGCAAGCCCUAAUUCUGGAACCUAACAGCAGUGUGCAGCGACACACGCGGCCCUCGCCCUUAACCCUGAAGUCAGACAUGGCGACAUAUGUACUGGGUGCUUCAAAAAAAUGGUAACGCAUACAUGGGACUAUCGUUUUUAAUACACCGUAAGCAUGAUGACGAAUGUAAUGUUAAGAGCUUCAAAAAGUCAAAUAGUCUCCCACUUGUUCGCCAUCGAUGUCAACACGUGGCCUGGAAUCGUCUCCAGGCGGUCUCCAGAGCCCGGAGGCAGCAGCACAUGUCACGUGGUGUUGCAAAGCCUCUGAAGUGUUCACAUUUUUUUGAAGCACCCUGUAUUUAUGGGUCGAACAUUAUCCCUAAUCCCUGACCAUAGCCCUAAACUUCACACUUACCCUGGGUAUGGUGCCACCUCGAAUACUUGCGUGGUCCUAAUUCUAACCCUGACCCGAAUCCUGAACUCGGCCACGGUGACUCGCACACAGCCUCAACCUGAACCCUCAGGUGCACAGCCCCCGCUACAACCCCGACUCGUAACCACUUCCAUGUACACUUGAGUGAAAUGUGUUGGCAGCAAAUAUUGUUGGCAGCUCAAUUACAGUAUAUGUAUUUUGAUAUCGUAGAGAAACGAACGCUGAUGACUCGUAAGCGCGUCUAUUUGCACUGACUACAACCUGACACUCGUGCCUUUUUGUUCCUCUAACAGUGUACGUACAGCGAGUACUUGAAUCACACGCGGCUAUUCAUAGGAGCCAUUCUAAUUCGGAUGGACGAUAAAUUGAAGGGCAGACGCUCCGCGCCGUGCCGACGCAAGCGAGCUUCCCGCACGCGCUCGAUCCGCCGCGCGAGCCGCCGGAGAAAUGAUCCAUUCGGCCGCGCAACGUCGCGUAUCCGACUCGGGUAUCGGCCGCUGACUGAGGUCCCCCGAUGAGCCGCGCAGCUCCGUUGCCAGGACGACCCUACGGACCGAGGCAGGAGGGCAGUGGCCGCAGUUGCAGAGCAUCGCUGGGUGGGAAUGUGCCAACUCGACAAGGAGCAGAAAAACAACAGCAGCAGCAACAACAACGAGGAAUGUUUUGCCCACGUCAGAAACUUACCAAAAACAGGAUAAACGAUCCAUAAUAAAGGGGGGGGAGGGGUUGGGUCAGAUCGCGUAAAUAUGAAUGCGUCGUUCAACCCGCCACUGCACGACGCAGCCAAUUAGUAAGGAUUUUCGCGUAAACAAAAUGUGCCAAUUUAGUUACUAGUUCAGCACUCUGGUGUGUUGGAGAGUAAACCCACAAUAUUUUAUUUUAAGUUGUUAUGUAAACAUUUCCCAGGAUAAACAAUAAACGGUGCUUAAAUGCAGAUCGGAAGCAGGGCCACAUAAUCCUGUCCACAGACGGGCGGGGGGGGGGGGGCUCUUAGAUAUCGCGUUCGUAGAAAUAGCGGCAAGAGAUUAUCCUAAUCACACAUGGGCGAAGGAAAAUACACUUGGCAUAUUCAGAUUGAUGACAAGGACUGGGGUAGAGGCGGGUAUGUGGAUGUGAACAUCGAUAGAAAAUAACAAGUAACGCCGGCAAGCACAAAUCUCGCUCUGAAUGUCGGUGGGUGAUCAAUCAUGGUGGAUAUGCGACGUUGCGCUGCGCUAUGCGAAGUUUACAUCGUGGUAAAAUUUGCAUUCUAUCUGCGGAAAAUUUAGCGAACGCCAAUAUAUGGGUAGCUAAUCACGUAGUCAUAAGCAUUAUUAUAAUUAUAAUCAGGUCUUUGUUAUUCCACUGCAGUAUGAACAUCUCCCCGCGCCUUGUCAGUCGUGAAGGUCUUUUGACCAUACUUCACCACACCGGUCAGUGCGGGUUGGUGAACGGGGUGGCCCAGGCACCAGCUGGAGCAUACCGUUCUCCACUGAUGUUAGCCACGGCCAGAAUUAAACUCAGGUUACUGGGUUCAAAGCGCAAUGCGCUAACCGUUGCCCCACCACUCUACCCCCCUCCCCCCAGUUAAUUCAUAACACAUACGGUGGUAGUUCCUUAAUGAAUGCACUUUUUGCGAUGCACAACCAGAGAUUUAUAUAGAGCAGCUUACAAUUCGGCAAAUGUUGCUGUCUGUUUGAUCGAUUUCAUUUGUAAUUGCAAUUUGUGAACCACAAUGCAGCGAUGACUGCCUUAUGGCUAAAUUCUGUAAAUAAAAUAAAUCCGAAUAAACGA